GGCUAACAGUGCGCUUACAUUACCAUCAGCUGUUAUAGUUCUCAGGGAAGUACCUAAUAGAUUCGCCAAUUAAUAAAUUAAAAGUGAUGUGUAGAAAAUAGUCAUAUCGUAGCUUUACAUGAGAUUUACUUUCGGUACCUGCUCCCGACACACAGCCCUAAAUAUGUACAAGCAGACGUGCACCAAUCUCCUGGAAUUAUCCUCCGCCAAGGUGACCGAGUGGCUGGCCAGCUUCGAUUCUGUUAUCACGGAUUGCGAUGGUGUCCUGUGGGUCUAUGGAAAAGCCAUUGAUGGCUCCGUGGAUGUGAUGAACACCUUCAAGGCUACGGGAAAGAAUAUUUAUUUCUGUACCAACAAUUCGACAAAGACCAGAUCCGAACUCUUGAAGAAGGGCGUCGAGUUGGGAUUCAAUAUUACGGAAAAUGGAAUCAUAUCGACGGCCCAUGCCACGGCGUCCUACUUGAAGCGCCGAAAGUUCAACAAGCGCGUGUUUGUGAUCGGAAGCGAGGGCAUCACCCAGGAGCUGGAUGCCGUGGGCAUCAAGCACACCCAGAUUGGACCUGAUCCCAUGAAAGCUUCGCUAGCGGAAUACAUGAGCCAGCAUUUAAAACUAGAAAACGACAUUGGAGCCGUGGUAGUGGGCUUCGACGAACACUUCAGUUUCCCCAAGAUGAUGAAGGCCGCUUCCUACCUGAAUGACCCGGAUUGCCUGUUCGUGGCCACCAAUACGGACGAGCGUUUCCCCAUGCCGAACAUGAUUGUGCCCGGUAGUGGCAGCUUUGUCCGAGCCAUCCAAACAUGUGCGGAGAGGGAACCACUCGUGAUCGGAAAGCCAAACCCGGCGAUUUGCGAUGCCUUGAUCAAGCAGAAUGUAAUUGAUCCCGCAAGGACUCUGAUGAUCGGAGAUCGGGCCAACACGGACAUCCUGUUGGGCUACAAUUGUGGAUUCCAGACGCUGCUGGUCGGCUCCGGCAUCCAUCAGCUGUCGGACGUUGAACAAUGGAGGCAGAGCAAGAAUCCGGAGGACAAGAAACUCAUACCUGAUGUGUACCUGCCGAAAUUGGGUGACCUACUGCCCUCGUUCGCCAACAGCCGAUCGGGCACCAUUCAUUGAUCAACCUGGACACACAGUAUGCAGCAUGGACAAGUGUUUGUUCUUAAUGGAGGCUUUACUUUACCCCAUACAUUUUCCGGAAAUAGACAGGACAGCUUCAGAAUACCUAUCAUAAAUUUAUAGUACAAUUUACAAUGCCGUAUGACAUACCAAUAUUCAAAUAAAUGCACCACCAUUUUGUGGCAGUGUUACAAUA